GAAACCCUUCCCUUGUUAAGGCGUCAGAAAAGGAGGAACCAUUCACGACGGGCCUCCGUUUCCUGACGGUCGACUUUCGGGGACGAACCACCUUGAGCAGCUUAAGGAGCAAGGAGUGGGUUGCGUGGAUGGCGCAGGCGCUGGCAGAGGUCCGCUUGUGACUCCUAGCCUUGCAACAGCUGGUGAGACCAUGGAAGCAGAAGAGGAAGCGGAAAAGAUCAAUAUCGUGGCAGAAAACCUCAGAGAGAGUGAGGUGGAAGAUCAGGGGGCAGGUCUGCUUGGUUCUGAAAAGGCCCUUCCCAAAACCUGGAAACACAAAUGCGCUUCCUAUGUCCUGGCCCUCCGCCCUUGGAGUUUCAGCGCCUCAUUAACACCAGUGGCUCUGGGCAGUGCUCUAGCCUAUCGGUCCCAGGGGACUCUUGAUCCCGGACUGCUGAUCGGCAGUGCAGUCACCGUCCUGGCUGUCCAUGGUGCUGGGAACCUUGUUAAUACCUACUACGACUUCUCCAAAGGCAUUGAUCACAAGAAGAGUGAUGACCGGACUUUGGUCGACCGGAUCUUGGAGCCUCAAGACGUUGUCAGAUUUGGCGUCUUUUUGUAUACCCUCGGCUGCAUCUCAGCCGCCUGCCUCUACUGCUUCUCCACCCUGAAGCUGGAGCAUCUGGCCCUCAUCUACUUUGGAGGACUCUCUAGCUCCUUCCUUUAUACUGGAGGAAUCGGCUUUAAGUACGUGGCGCUGGGCGACGUGGUGAUCCUCAUCACCUUUGGGCCGCUGGCUGUGAUGUUCGCCUACGCCGUCCAGGUGGGCUACCUGUCUGCCGUGCCCUUCCUCUAUGCCGUCCCCCUGGCCCUCAGCACCGAGGCCAUCCUCCACAGCAACAACACGCGGGACAUGGAGUCUGACCAGCAGGCGGGCAUCGUCACCCUGGCCAUCCUCAUCGGCCCCACCCUCUCCUACGUCCUGUACAACACCCUCCUCUUCUUGCCGUACCUGAUCUUCUGCGUCCUCGCCACCCGCUACACCAUCAGCAUGGCGCUGCCCUUGCUCACCAUCCCCAUGGCCUUCUCGCUGGAGAGGCAGUUCCGCAGUCAAAGCUUCCUCAAGAUCCCCCAAAGGACAGCCAAACUCAACCUCCUCUCAGGACUCUUCUACGUCUUCGGCAUCCUCUUGGCACCGCCGGGCUCUCUGCCCAAACUUUAGGACGUCAGCUGGGAGAGGCUGGCCAGCUCUGGCUUUCCUGAGACUGAAGAACUCCGGGUGGUUGCCAGCAGCCGUUGGGGGCUGGCCAUGACCACUGAGGGCCGUUGCCAGGCCGAAGAUUAUGCCAACCCUGUACAUGCCUCCUGGGAAAGGGGUAUUCUAGAACGCUCUCAUCUAUCGCAAAGACGGUCAUAAAACUUUAAAUUCUUGAGUUAUAAAUAAAUAGAGAUUAACGUUG